CACACUGAGUCUGGUAAGAGUUUUACCUGAAUUGUUCCCUGUUACUGUUGUUUAUUGCAACUGUUGUUUAUUUAUUUUAAAAUAUGAAUCUAUCUAUCAUUCUUUUUCUAUACUUCAACGUAAAAAAAAAAAAAACACUUACUCAUAAGCCUGAACCCAGAAUCAAGUUUAGGGUAUUAAUUAUUGACAUUGACGUUGAGAAAAUUAUCAUUCUAUAUUUAGUAUGCUGUUAUACUGUCAGUCUGGAUGAAAAUAUGAAUGGCCAAGUAGAAGAUGAUCAAUAAUAUUCACAUUCACACUUCUCUCAUUCUUUUUAAAAAAAUUGAGGAAAAUAAGGACAUCUCUGAAAUAAAUAAAGGUAAAGUUAAAAUAUACUUCUUUCCAUAUUUUUCAACUUCUUCUCGAGGGACUGGAUUGUUCAUGUACUCCAGCACAGCUUCAGGGCAGGAAGGGGACUCGGCCUGGCUGGAGAGCAGGAGGAUGACUCCCAGCAGGCUGUGCAAUGUCCAGUGUCUGCAGUUUUACUACUACCACAGUGGGAACCAGGCAGACCAGCUCAACAUCUGGAUCAGAGAAUACCAGGAUGAGAGUGACUCCAGAGGAACGCUGCGCCUCAUGGGACAGAUCACAGGUCCAGCCUCUAACUACUGGCAGCUGCACCACGUGCCUCUGAACGCCACCAGAAGCUUUCAGGUGGAGUUUGAGGUGCGUAUAGGAGCAGGAAGUUCUACCGGAGGCUUAGCCAUCGACGACAUCAACCUGUCAGAGACCGAGUGUCCCCAUCUGACCUGGCAGAUCAGGAACUUGGAGAACCGUCUAACAACUAGCAAAUCUGGCACUUUUCUGUACAGCCCUCGACUGUACUCUAGUGAAGGAUAUGGGUACCAGAUAGUGGUCGUAUUAUUCACAAGUUAUUUUGGCGCGUAUGUGCGUCUGGUGUCUGGUCAGUAUGAUGACCAGCUCCAGUGGCCUUGUCCCUGGAGGCAGGUGACCUUCCAGGCUCUGGACCAGAACCCUCAGAUCCAGCUGCAGAUGUCCGAAAGGUUAAGCCUCACCACUGACCCUACAGAGACUGAGAUAUGGGACAAUCCACGUAAGGUUGGAACGCUUUACACUCACGAGAACAAUGAGCAGUUCUAUGUAGACACUGAUGGGAAGAACGUUCUUCAGCAGGCUGAGUGACAUGAAAACCAAAAACGACCUCAAGGGCGGUGAUGCCAUCAUCCUUGCCUCCUUCCAAGACAUUUCCCCUCUCCUCCAGAACAAUUCUCUUCCGUGCCCUACACUCCCACCUGUGAAGUUUAGUAGUCAGACACCACAGAACCUGGACGAGGGUACAUGUGCCACACGUAUUCUUGGCUUCUCUCCUGGUGUGGCGUCUUCCCCUGUGCUGCUGCUACUGACUCUCCUGUUUCUGCUGACUUACUGAUGCGUGUGCCCCCCCACCUCACCAGCAUGGAUCACUGACCUGCAACAAAUAACCUGUUA